AGAGCUUCCGGUCGUCUGUCACUGAGGCUGGAAGAAAUACUAAACUGAGAUUUAUUUCGCCUUAUGCUGAUCCGUGCUGACACACACAUACACACUUCAUACACACAGCAUGUCUUUCUGCAAAUUUUUUGGAGGUGAGGUCUACAAGGAUCAUUUCAAACCAGGGAUGUAUGUGUGCUCCCAGUGUAACCACCCGCUGUUCUCCAGUCGAUCAAAGUUCGCCCACUCGUCUCCGUGGCCGACGUUCACCGACACCAUCCGAGAGGACAGUGUCACCAAGAUGAUGGAGAGCCUCACUGCCUUCAAGGUUCUGUGUGGCAAGUGUGGCAACGGGCUGGGCCAUGAGUUUGUAAAUGACGGCCCGGAGGAAGGAGUGUCACGAUUUUGAAUAUUCAGUACCUCGCUCAAGUUUGUCCCGAACAAAGGUAAGGACAAGCAGUAAAGAGCGAGGCGUGGGUGUCUCUCCAGCUGCUGCUCCAGGAUCAGUGAACGGGUCGGUCAGUGUGUGACGUGGACGGGAUAAAACCCGAGAGGGACGUCCUGUCCACUGAAGGAUCUUUGACCAACCUGUGACCUCUGAAAAUACUCCUUAACAACUAAAAUGUUACCUCAUAUUUAAAGUGGACCCAUCAUGCUAUAUUUGAAUAAUAUAGUAUAGGACCA